UGAAAGCAGACUGCUCUCCGGCAGGAGGAAGUGCAUACUAGUACGCUGUGUUAUUUUCAUGUCCGUAUUGGUUCAUUUAUACGAAUAAACAUAUUUAUAUAUAUUUAUAUAUAUAUAACCGCAGAAAUCUGAUUAGCGGGGUGCUGGGAUUUUUUUCCGCACUGUCCGGAGAGCUUCCAAGGCUUAACUAAAUCGGAGUGGACAGUGUGUGUAGCUGGAGCAGCGUGGGUUAAGGUGGGCCUUGCCCGGAUAUCUGUCUUGACAAGCAAACUGAAAAGAGCACAGCGUUAUCCAAGCGUCACCUGCCUGCUAUAGGAGUUGAAAAUAUACAUAUAUAUAUAACGCAUUUAAGUUGGAGCUCUGAACCCAUAUACAAGAGGACCUACGACACCCUCGUGCAAAUGGCAGAUAACCUGGACGAAGCCCUGAAGUCACUGAAGCUCUCCUCAACGGACAGUGCGUCAGACAAUGUGGAGAGCUGCCUGGACUGCCUGCUCAAAGCUCUGGCCAAUAACAAUGUGGAAGCCAGUGGAAAGAUCCAGGAGAUGGGUGUUCUUCCAUUGAUGCCUACUUUAUUGGCCACACAGAACUCCUCCACACCCAAAGUAGCCAAUGUCAUAGCGGAGGUGGCCAAAAACGAAUUCAUGCGGAGUCCCUGUGUGGAGGCAGGCCUCAUCCCCCCACUGGUUCAGCUGCUCAACUGCAAGGACCAGGAGGUGCUGCUUCAGACGGGUCGAGCCCUGGGAAACAUCUGCUAUGACAGCCAUGAGGGCAGAAGUGCAGUACACGAAGCGGGCGCUGCUCAGAUAGUAGCAGAGCACAUUAAGGCUCUGGCCCAUAACACUGACCCGGCCACCGGGAAGCUCUUGACUGUCUUUUGUGGCAUGCUGAUGAACUAUAGCAAUGAUAAUGACACAUUGCAGGCCCAGCUGAUUAGCAUGGGAGUCAUCCCCACCUUGGUGAAGCUUCUUGGAGUCCAUGCGCAUAACACAGCACUCACAGAAAUGUGCCUCAUUGCUUUCGGAAACCUGGCAGAAUUGGAAUCAAGUAAGGAGCAGUUUGCCGCUACAAAUAUCGCCGAGGAGCUAGUGAGACUUUUCCGUAAGCAAGCGGAACAUGAAAAGAAGGAGAUGAUCUUUGAGGUGCUGGCUCCUCUGGCUGAGAACGAUGUUAUAAAGCUGCAGCUGGUCGAGGCUGGUCUGGUGGAGUGUCUGCUGGACGUUGUGGCUCAGACGGUGGACAGUGACCGAGAGGAAGACCUGGCUCAACUCAAAACAGCGUCUGACCUCAUGGUGCUACUGCUGCUGGGAGAUGAAUCCAUGCAAAAGUUGUUUGAGGGAGGUAAAGGUAGUGUGUUCCAGAAGGUUCUCUCUUGGGUUCCAUCCAACAACCACCAGCUCCAGCUAGCUGGGGCUCUGGCUAUCGCUAAUUUCGCCCGCAAUGAUGGGAACUGCAUCCACAUGGUAGACACGGGAAUUGUGCAGAUGCUGUUGGACCUGUUGGACAGACAUGUUGAGGAGGGGAAUGUAACUGUGCAGCAUGCAGCCCUCAGUGCCCUGAGGAACCUGGCAAUCCCCGUGGUGAACAAGUCUAAGAUGCUUUCAGCUGGAGUGUCUGACGUGGUGUUGAAGUUUCUCCAAUCAGAAAUGCCACCAGUUCAGUUCAAGCUGCUGGGAACUUUAAGAAUGCUUAUCGACACGCAAGUGGAUGCUGCUGAACAGUUGGGAACAAACCGUAAGCUGGUAGAGAGGCUGGUAGAAUGGUGUGAGGCCAAAGACCACGCAGGGGUGAUGGGAGAGUCGAACCGCCUGCUCUCUGCGCUGAUCCGACACAGCAAGUCAAAGGAAGUGGUACGGACGGUCAUUCAGUGUGGGGGUGUAAAGCACUUGGUGACCAUGGCAACGAGCGAGCACAUGAUCAUGCAGAACGAAGCGCUGGUGGCUUUGGGUCUCAUAGCAGCACUGGAUUUGGAUUCAGCAGAGAAGGAUUUUGUGGGAGCCACACUGGUGCAGGUUCUACAUAAGCUGCUGACAGAAGAGAAGAGCGCUCCUGAGAUCAAAUACAACUCCAUGAUCCUCAUCUGCUCUGUCAUGGGCUCAGAACCUCUACAUAAAGAAGUACAGAGCCUGGCUUUCAUCGAUGUGGUGUCCAAACUACGCUCCCAUGAGAACAAAACGGUGGCCCAUCAGGCCUCGCUAACAGAACAGAGGCUAACGGCGCAGAGCUAAAAGACUCUUUCUAGACACAGCACACACUCCAUCCACUCUCUGCCUGCCAGCCCUCCUUAUACACACUCUCCUACGAAUCCCACCGUUUCCCUCUGUCAUGUGCCAAGGUAUCCAGUCCCACUCUGGCUUAUCCUCCUUGCUAUAACGUCCCCUCUACUCACCCAGCUCGUUUCACGCAUGCGUUCAACACUUCGUAGGACAUCGUAGACUGCCUUCUGCAAUAGGUUGUGCGAGCGAGACAGGGACCGUGCAACACUUAUAAAAAAAAGACCAUAGCUGUGAUUAAACGAAGCGUUUGCAUCUCAUUGAGGAAGACGAGAAAAAAAAAACAGACUAGACAAUAACUACAUGAGGGCUAGAGGAGAAACUAGCGCAGCCAUAUGUUCAUGCCGUGUAAAACACACGUGUUCUGUGUAGCUUGAAUACCUGCUGAUUUUGACACCUGCAUGUUUUUUUUUUUUUUUUUAAGUAGUCUAAUUUAAUGGUGUGUCUGUGUUCAGCUAGCCAGACCUCGCUCUUUACAAUACACUCCUCCCCUUUAAUAUAUAUAUAUAUAUAUAUAUAUAUAUAUACACACACACGAAUACCUGCCUUUGACAUGUUCAAGUAGAGAUCAAAUGUGUUUGUACUGUAUGUGGGAAUCACAGGACCAGAGAGAGACCUCCUUACAUUUUAAUCCCCCCUCAUGGUCCUAGUGCCACUCAUGUUCAUUCCAUGAGUCCAGUUCAUUUCACCAGUCCACUUUCCCACAACGAGCUUAUUCCAUAUCACUAGUCUGUUAAAUUUUGAAACAGAUUACUACUGUCAUAUGGAUAUGAAUAGCGUCUUGUUAACAAUUAACUAAGUAUUUCUAUUCGCUGCCCUUUGUCAAAGAGCUGCAUACACUUAGUCAGGAUAGUGAAAUUGUUCAAUGACAGUACAAUGUUAAUACCUUUCUGCUAUAAUGAUCUGUUGGGAUACAGCACACUGUUUAACAUGUCUGCUGUUACAGCAGGUAUAAUAACUCAAACAGACAUGGGUCAUUACAGGUCCAUAUAUAAAUAAUGCAAUCAUGUCAAGUGUCAAGAAUGGACUCAGACAAGUCGGUGUGUGUGAGUGUUUUAUGUACUGAGGUGGUUGAAAUACUGCCAACAGUUCCAUAAUCCAUGACCCUGGCAUUGAGUAACAACCUAUUCUGAGUGUCUUAGAUAAUGUGCUCUCUUGAGUGCUCUCUAUCCAAGGUGUACAUUUGAUACUGUGGUACAUUUUUAUUUCCUGAGCUUGAUUUUGCAUGUGUACAGGUUUGUCUUUUAACAAUCCACCGAGUAUCACAAAACAUGCAUUUCCACUGCAUGUUGGGAUACCGUACCACUCUGAUGUGGCCACUUUAUGUUCGGUAAAUGUUAUUUAUCAGAUUUGUAACCUUGAGGAACCACUCAGCAAUCCAAUAUAUCUAUAUUAACUGCAUUACAGAUAUUUAAACUCGACUAGUUGUUGUAAAUGUCACUGAAUAAUUGUACAUUUGGAAGAUAGAAAAUGAUUAUUAAAGACAAUUGCUGGCGAUGGA